CUCUCACUUCUUCUUCUUCUUUCUAUAAUAUAAAUAUCACUUUCUCUCUCUAGCUCAGCUGAAUUCUAGACUGAGAAGAUCCCUCAUUUGUCCUUUCUAGUGCAGUGUUGUUUUGUGCAUCACUGUGUGGCACUUUCUGUAUUUGGUGGAUCUGUGAAAGUACAAACGGACCUGCAUUGUGGAGGUGCUAGGGUUUUUAGACAUGCAAUCUCAUGGAGACUAAAACCCUAGGAGAAUGGUGUUGGAGUUUGGUGGGGUUUGAUACUGAGGAUGAUGUUUGGGAAUUUUGUUGUAGAGAGAGAAGAUGCUUCCACCUCUAAUGCUUCUCUUUCUCCUUUCUUUCCUCACUCUUGUUCCUACUCCUCUCGGGUUAACAUUGCCGCAUAUUUACCUGUCUCCUACUCUACCGCCAAACAAGGGUUACUUUGCAACCAAACUUUUUUUAGAAGAUGCAAGAUUAGUGCCAACUCGUGCCUCAUUUGCACCAAUGCCAGCACCGCGUAUGCACCAUCGCAGACCAUAUCUGGUUCCCUCUAGGGCGCCUGCUCCUUCCCCUGCAUCUCAAGGUCGUGCUGCCGCUCCAAUUUCCAGUCGAGUGGCAAGACGUCACGGUCAUCAUCAUCAUCACCGGCCGAGAGCUCCUGUUUCCCCAUCUCCUGCAGUGGGCUCAGGUUGUGGCCAGAUCUGUGCAGAGCCAUUUGCUUAUGUUCCUUUUGUUAUACCUUGUGCUUGUGUGUUUCCAAUGAAAGUCAGACUUCUCUUAGACAAGUCACUUUAUUCUAUAUUUCCUGUGGUUAGAGAUCUGGGGAUUCAGGUUGCAGAAGGCACCUAUCUAGAUCCAAGUCAAGUUGUUUUAGUUGGAGCUAGUGCUGAUACUCAAAAUCAAGAAAGAACAAUUGUUGAUAUUAACUUGGUUCCCUUGGGGGAGAAGUUUGAUAACACCACAGCUAUGCUGACCUAUGAAAGAUUCUGGAAAAAGAAGGUGCCUCUCAAUAGAACGAUGUUUGGGGAUUAUGAAGUGAUGCACAUUAUCUAUCCAGGGCUUCCUUCUUCACCAUCUGGCGAUUCUGGUAAUGGUCCAACUGGAAGUGUUGUCAAUCAACAAUUCCCUAUUACUGCUGACUUUGUAAACAAGAGCCAGAAAAUGAAUCCCCGAUUCGUUUUUCUCAUUGCUUCAUCAGCAUUAGUAUUGUUGGUGGUAUGCUGUGGUGCACUGGUUGUCAUCUUAAAAUGUAGGAGGACUGGCCGACCAUCAAAUGCUGUUGGUCCAGUGUUUACAUCAUCUAUGCACAAGAGAUCUGGCAAGGGAAUUGGGUCGACAAUAUCAAGUAGCCCAGAUAGCUCAACAUCGGUUUCCCUCAUUUCUCCUAUGCCCGCAUCUAUCCUUUCUGUCAAAACAUUUUCGCUUGCAGAGCUUGAAAAGGCAACUGACAAGUUUAGUUUAAAAAGGGUUUUAGGUGAAGGAGGAUUUGGACGAGUUUAUCAUGGUAUCUUAGAAGACAGAACAGAAGUUGCUGUGAAAGUGCUCACUAGGGAUAAUAACCAGAAUGGAGAUCGUGAAUUUAUUGCUGAAGUUGAGAUGCUAAGCCGAUUGCAUCACCGUAACCUGGUGAAAUUAAUUGGUAUAUGCAGUGAAGAGCGGACUCGCAGCUUGGUAUAUGAAAUUGUUCGAAACGGUAGUGUGGAGUCUCAUUUGCAUGGAAGAGACGGGAGAAAAGGGCCACUUGAUUGGGAUGUGAGGUUGAAAAUUGCUCUUGGCGCUGCGAGAGGACUAGCUUACCUUCAUGAAGAUUCUAAUCCUCGUGUAAUUCAUCGUGAUUUUAAAGCCAGCAAUGUUUUGUUAGAAGAUGACUUCACCCCUAAGGUUUCAGAUUUUGGGUUAGCAAGGGAAGCAACCGAAGGAAGUGACCACAUAUCUACUCGAGUCAUGGGAACUUUUGGGUACGUUGCUCCUGAAUAUGCAAUGACAGGACACCUACUUGUUAAAAGUGAUGUGUAUAGUUACGGAGUUGUGUUAUUGGAGCUUCUCUCCGGAAGAAAACCUGUGGACAUGUCUCAACCUCCUGGACAAGAAAACCUGGUAACUUGGGCGCGACCUCUUCUAACUACUAGAGAAGGUUUGGAGCAACUGGUGGAUCCUUCUUUGGCUGGAAGCUAUGACUUUGAUGAUAUGGCAAAAGUGGCUGCCAUUGCUUCAAUGUGCGUGCAUCCAGAGGUGACUCAAAGGCCAUUUAUGGGAGAAGUUGUGCAAGCUCUCAAACUCAUCUAUAAUGACAAUGAUGAAACUUGUGCUGAUGGAUGUAGCCAGAAAGAGUCCUCGUUGCCAGAUUCAGAUUUCAAAGGUGUCCCUUCUGAUAGCAGUUGGUGGAAUGCUGGUGGGGUUACACCAAGAUUAACAUAUGGACAAGCCUCCACUUUCAUGACAAUGGAUUACAGUUCUGGUCCACUUGAAGAGUUUGAAAACAGACCGUUUUCAGCUUCAAGUUUUAAUCCAGGUGGAGGGGGCGGCUUAACAAUAAGCCAUGGCAACAGAUCAGGUCCUUUGAGGACUGUAAGGAGUAAACCAGCCCUCUAUAGGUUACGGGGCAGUAUGAGUGAACAUGGUGCACUUCUCCCAAGACAUGCUUGGAAGGAUGGCAUCAAUUAUGAUGCUUCUUUUUAGACUGUUUUUUCAAGUGUACAGUGCCGAAGGCCGUUACUAUUAGGAAGAAAGGGAUGGUUCUCCGGUGUAGAUUAGGAGUUUGAAAUUGCCGCGAUAUCCCUAGGGACAGAGUGGAUUAAGCCUUCUAAUUUUGGUAAUCUUACAUUCAUUUUAAUACAGACAGGAAAGAUAAACGGGAUACUCCUUGUUGUAUAUGUUGUCAAAUUAACUUUUCUCUUUAGUCCAAAAUUGGAUCGAACUA